CACAGUUGCGUGGCUCCAACCCUCUGAACCCACUCUCUCUCUCUCUCUCUCUAGUUAGUUUUCCCGCCUUUUCACUCUCUCUAGAAUUUCUCCAUCAUCAUCAUCAUCAUGUCAAGCUCCCUAGGGCACAGAUGGGACAUGAUGGCGAUGGUGCUCUGUUUUCUAGCACUAGCACUAGCAAAGCCCGUCAACGUUAUCAACCUCUCUCCUCUUCCCCUUGAUUCACCGUCUUUUUCUCCAUCUGGGUUUCCGAUUUUGUUUAGACAAGAUUCACAAGAGACCAGCCUCCAGUUCGAUUUCUACAGAGAGACUUGCCCAAGCGCCGAGCACAUCAUCCGCUCGAGAAUGGCACGGAUACUCAAUCAGAACAAGAAUGUCACUGCACAACUCCUCCGUCUUGUUUUCCAUGACUGCUUCAUUCAGGGUUGCGAUGCUUCACUUCUUUUAGAUGACAGCAACGGAAAUAACAACCAGUCUACUGAGAAAGAUGCUAUCCCCAACAGUACACUGAAGGGCUUUGAUUUUAUUGACGCCAUCAAAGAAGAGCUUGAAGACUCUUGUCCAGGAAUUGUAUCUUGUUCCGAUAUUCUUGUGGUUUCCACUAGGGAUUCGAUUGUACUGGCUGGUGGCCCAUUCUAUCCACUCUUUACGGGCAGGAGGGACAGCAACAGAUCCUACUAUGCCACAGCAAUGGCUGAGAUACCUAAGCCUGAUGCCAAUAUUUCAGAAACGCUCCGGCUAUUUUCACUCAGAGGGUUCAGUACAAGGGAGACUGUUGCUCUUCUUGGUGGGCAUAACAUUGGGAAAAUAGGUUGUGAGUUCAUUCGGCCGAGACUUCACAAUUUCCACGAGACAGGACAGCCGGACCCCACCAUACCUUCUGAUUUUCUUGAUGAAAUGAGCCUCAUUUGCUCGGUUAAUGGGAGCACUUCACCUAAUGGAGCUCCUUCUCCCAUGAGAUCAAGGUCUUUGAUGGACUCUGCUGUAGGGUCUUCAGUUUCGGCAGGAUCAGUCUUUGGGAAGAACUACUAUGAUAGUGUACUGAGAGGAAAAGGGCUUCUCUUUGCUGAUCAACAAUUGAUGGCCAAUGAUAAAACAGCUGAUCUGGUGAGGGCUUAUGCAUCUGAUGAUGGUGCAACCUUCCGAAUGGAUUUUGCCAGGGCAAUGGUGAAGAUGUCGAACUUUGGUGUUCUGACUGGUUCUCAAGGACAGGUCCGAAUCAACUGCUCCAGGCUUGUCAGUUCCAAUUAAUACAACCUGACAUUAUCAACUUCUGCAUCUGAUUAAACACACAGAUGACAUUUUUGGGGGGCACUCACUUGGUUAUGCCAUCUAAACAAUCAUAUCAGGGCAAUUAUUACCAUUUCAAAGUUUUUCUCCUGAAUGCUAGAUUUCUAGAGAUGGUCUGAAGAAAGAGUUGUACAGAAUAUUAUCUGUGUUGUUUAGUUGUUAUGUGCAGAAACUUGCUUAGCCCUUCUAAAUGGCAUUAAUGAAAGCAUUACUGAUUUCUCCAUCUUUCUAUCGAGAUGUAAUAUAUGUGUGUCUUGAGAUGCAGAAAUUUACGCGUAUGCAGUUUGUAGUUAUUUACACUCUUGUGCUUUUCAUACCAGACAACCCUUGAGAGUUGUGAA